AGUUAGAAUAAUGUUUAACUUUAACGGCUUCGCGACUAACCCGUCGGCUGUCAGCAGACAACAGCAACAGAAGAGCAAUUUUUUCUAAGGAAGCAUACGAAAUUUGAGUACGUAUGGUCUAUGGAAUACGAAUCCACUGGAAAACGCUAUCGCCAGAUUCCGAUUAUGCGUGCCGACUCUCAAGCUCCACUUUUCGAGAUGGGGAAAUACCCUUGCGCAAAUCCUUCACAAAAUAGCAAGCAAGCUGCAAGUACUGUGCACAUGAAUAUAUCUUCCCCCUCUAUUUUUCAACACUAAAAUUUAAAGAUUCUGCAACGGAAAACGACCAGAGCGACAUAUCCCUGAAAAUACGCCACCCUGCUUUUUUAUCGUUACUGUAACUUGCGGCUUAUUCUUUAUCACUUGCUAUCUACCGAGUUUGCGAAACACGGUUGCGGGUUGCAUGUACCCAGUUUCUUACGAAGGAAUGGCUCAUGGAGGUGCUAUCCUUUGCGGAUCUGUCAACAGGAUCGCACAAUCUUCCUCUCGCAACUUCUCCGUCUCACCAUGGCUAAGUGUGAGGAGGCGGGACAACAAGUGUUUGGCUGUACCAACAAAACUGGAGAAAUACGAACAAUGUACAGAUGCCUAUGGCAAAACAGUGAACCGUUUCAAGUUAGCUCCGAACGGUAACGCUGGCCUAACGCAGGACGAAAUACUGGAGAAGGCCCUUGCUUUCUACCGAAUCAGUCCCCCGGAUCCCGGCAAACUAGGGGCAAAUCCAAAGGAACGCAUCCUAAAUUUACCUCCGCUGCCCAAGCCGAAGCCGCUUAAAGCGCCGGAUGGCAGUAUUAAUCCCGAGUUCUACAACCGCAAUCCGCGCAAUAUGGAGUUAAUGAAUCUUGCUCAUAAAGCGGUGGGCUGGGGCUUGGAAGCCAAACGGAGGGAUUAUUACAACAAGUUAGUACUUGAGAAAACUGAACAUCAUACAAAAGCGUAUGUGGAACAUAUUGAUGGCCGCGUAAUUGUUUCCGCAUCCACGGAGGAAUUGGCUAUAGCGAGACAUUUAUAUCGAAACACAGAUGUCAGCGCUGCGGAAAAUAUUGGCCGAAUUCUGGGCAGAAGGAUGCUGGAAACUGGCAUAAUUUUCGUCUACUCGCCUUACACCGAAGAGGAUAAAAAGUCCCAGAGAAUGCUAGCUUUCUUAAAUGCGUUGGCAGACAGCGGAGUGCAGAUGCAGGAAAGCGAAAGAAUACCUGCUUAUGAUCCACUGAAAGAUUCUUUCCCACCGUCGGAUCCAGAUAAACCUUACAGAUAAAUUUCUCUUCCAAAUAGCUUGUAUUUGUAGAUAAUUUGGUUUAUUUGUAGCCUAAAAAGCGCGAGUACCAUGUUUUGAAACUGCUGGAAUAUGACAUGCGAAUUGCGAUUAUCAGUUUUUCGAUAAAAUUAUCAAGAACUGCGGAUUCGGUAUUAUCUAGUAAACACUAAACAGACAAAAAA